UGCCUCAGACCAAACAAAGGGGAAAAACUGGAAAAAUAAUAGCAGAUGUUUCAGUAAAAAAAUUUGAAGGGUUAACAUAACAUGAUGUAAACUCUUUCAUCUUUUCUUCCUACUUGCCCAUUUUAAUCAGAAAUGAGUAGCUAGAGCCUUAUAUGCAGUGAACUUGAAGAAUGCUAAUGGCAUGCCUGCACCGGGUUGUACUCGGAGUACUUAUGCCAGAAUAGGAAAGUCUUUUAUUCUGUAAUUCUCUGAGGCAAGAAAGAGGCUUUCUGAAGAGUUACUUUAAAUUUAAAUUCACAUUCUAAUGUUAGCCUGUUGGAUCUCUGAGUUAAAAAUUGCUUCAGCUUUAGUUACUAGAGCCAGAUGUAACAUUGACCUUAAAUGGUAAAAGCUCCCAAGAGUGAAAGAGAGGCUGGCCUGAGGGCAAAAAGAGGAAUAACUGAAGUUUUAGGUAAGUAAUCUCUAUAACCAAGAAUAAGCUCUUUUUCAGCCGUGAAACAGAACGGAACCAUGUUUCUUCCUUAAAGGGGGGGGUCCUGCCUACAGCAUUCCAGCCAUCAUCCUGUUGCACUCUCAUUAUCCUUUCUUCACCUAUACUGCAGAGCACUAUGCUGACCAUGACACUUCCAAACCCUAAAAUCCACUAAUAGUGUGUGGAUCACGAGGCCUCUCAGUGCUUAUCCCUUCAGACUAACUUGAAACAGGCUUUCUCAGCAGUGCAUGGUUGCGUCAGUCCACAUUGCAGUACAACGUGGUUCACGCUGUCCACCAUGCCAACGCUACCUGAAGACGAGGCACAGCCAAAAGAGGCACAACACACCAGUUCUACUCCAGCCAAAGACACUACUGUUGAAGUGACAACACGCAGUAGACCUUCUAUUGUUCUUCCAGAGAAUGCUGUUACGCCAGAUGUAGAAAUUGAUAAAAAUCUGGUUAACAGGCCUCGUAGUCCUCAUCGGCGACAUUCUAACCGUACCACUAGGAAUCCAACGAGUUCAUUGACUUCUGUUGACAACACUGGUCAUGUGAUUGAUCUGGUAAAUGAUCAGCUGCCAGAUGUCAAAAUAUCUGAGGAAGACAAAAAGAAGAAUCUUGAAUUACUAGAAGAAGCAAAGAAAGUGAGUGAGAGGUUUCUAAUGCGCAGAGGCAGAAAGUCAAGAAGCAGCCUUCCCGAGUCACCCCCAGCAGUUUCCCCUACGCUUAGUCCUAAAGUUUCACCAGUAACAUCUCGGAGCAACUCUCUCACUCUUCCAGUUCCAUCAGGGUCUGAUGUAUUUACAACCACUAGUGUUGAGUCAGUGUUGCCAGGGCAGAAUAACAGAAUUGUGAAAGAAGAUGACAGGCGAGCUACAGAGAAUGUUGCAAAAGGAUUAAUUGAUCGAAGGCUAAAUGAUCAAAGAAAGAUUUCUCAGGGAAGGUUGGUUCCUCGUUCUGCUGGUUUUGAAAACUCCAAAGAGAAACUUUCUGAGCAAAAAGAAAACUUUGAUCCAUGUCAGCAUAUGGAUGCUUUACCUAAAUCCUCCACUGCAGGUAGUGAUGGUGGCAGAAUGUGUCUUAACACUUGCACGAAUGUAUGUGAAAGUGAACUUGGAAAACCAUUGCUCAAGAAAGCAAAAGAAAAUGAUGUUCCUUUAAGAACCUACUUACCGGGACCAGGAAUAGGAAAUAUAGACCAAAAGCUAAAAAUUCCUAUUCCAGAAACUAGGGACCAUAAAGUUAUGUGUAAACCAGAAUUUAAAGUGUGUGGGCUCCGUCCUCCUUUGCUACGAGCUGUGUCGUGGGAUAGCUUGGAGCCUGGACAGAAAGAUAAAACACCUUUUAAAUUACCAUCUGAGGAAGAUAAAAGCUUUGCCGUUGCCAAUAAAUCCAGCAAUCAGUUAAAAGCAUCAGCAUUCAAAGACCUCCAAAUCCAAGUUCAACCAGUGCGAAUGCAGAAAUUGACAAAGCUCAGAGAGGAGCAUAUUUUGAUGAGAAACCAAAACUUAGUUGGACUUAAGCUUCCUGAACUUAGUGAAGCAGCUGAACAGGAAAAAGGCCCUUCACCUCUCCCCUCCCCAACUGAAGAGGAAGAGACAAAGAAUAGCUCAGAUGUCAUGCCCAGCAUUCCUGACAUAUUGCUGCGAAAACUGCGAGUGCACAAAUCCCUUCCAGGAAGCUCCCCUCCACUUACGGAAAAAGAGGUUGAGAAUGUGUUUGUACAACUUUCCUUGGCUUUUAGAAACGAUAGUUAUACCUUGGAAACUAGAAUUAACCAAGCAGAGAGAGAAAGAAAUCUUACUGAAGAGAAUGCUGAGAAGGAACUGGAAAACUUUAAAGCAGCCAUUACGUCUUCAGCUGCCUUAUGGCAUCACUGUGAACACAGAGAAGCUUACCAGAAGCUACUGGAGGAUAUUGCUGUGCUGCGUCGAUUGGCUGCUAGACUGUCUAGCCGUGCUGAAAUGGUUGGAGCCGUUCGCCAGGAGAAGCGUAUGUCAAAGGCAACAGAAGUAAUGAUGCAGUAUGUGGAAAAUCUGAAAAGAACAUAUGAAAAGGAUCACGCUGAGCUAAUGGAGUUUAAGAAACUUGCCAAUCAGAAUUCUAGCAGAAGCUAUGGUGCCUCUGAAGAUGGAGUACCUCGUUCAUCUAGAUCCAUGUCCCUUACUGUUGGAAAGAAUAUGCCCCGGAGGAGAGUCAGUGUUGCUGUUGUUCCUAAAUUUAACUCCUUAAACAUUCCUGGUCAGUCACCAACAGCCUCACCUAUACCUUCAAUGCCAUCCCUGUCAGAAUCACCUAAUAAUGGAAGGAGCAAUCUAACAUCUACUCCUAUUCUGCCAGCACUUUUAGAGAAUGGAAAGUCUAAUGGAGAGCCUGACUGUGAAAACUCUACUUCUGUGUUGACACAGAGUGGAUUGGAAGAGAUCAAUCCUGAAACUAAAGCCAAGAUAGAGGAGGAAGCAUAUAACAAAGGCUAUCAGGAAGGCUUGAAGAAAACCAAAGAACUUCAGGAACUGAAGGAAGAAGAUGAAGAGACACCAAAAGAAAGUCAUGAUGAGCAUGAAGAAAGUGAAAAUGAAGAUGAGAUAAAAAACCUGAAAAGCAGCAGACUUGAAGUCAUCAUUAAUUAUUUACAUAUACUGUACCCCAAACUGUGUAAACACUGGAAUGUGGUAUGGCUUGUAGUGGCUGCGAUAAUCAUUUUUGCUGUGGUGUUAUGGAUCUACCAUUCAUACAACUCCUGUGAUGAAAUAUCAGAGGGACCUGAAGGGAAGGCCAGCUGUUCUGCUGCCCAUCAGUAUUCCUGGUGGAACUCAGGAUUUCGGCAUGAGCAACGCACUGAAUAAUAAAGGAACAAACACAUAUUUAUGGUACCUGAGCAAGCACACAUGUUAGAACACAGUUGUUAAAGGUAGUGCUUAGUCAUCUUUCUGGUUGUUAAAUGUGAUCUGUUAAGACACGUGAGUUACUUUACAGCAUCAGGUUUGGAGAUGCAUUGUGAACACAGCUUGCCAAAAUGACUGUCUGAUAAAUACUUCUGUCUGUCCGUCCUGCUAAUUGUAAGUGAUUGAUAGGAAUAAAGUAAUACUGAAUCAUGGUAAGAUUGUGGCAGUAAUCAGCAACCACCAAGACAUUUAAAAGGAAUAUUUGCACAGGACAUUGAUGUCUGUCUUAUGAUUUUGAAGAAAAUCAAAUACUACAUUUGCGGAGUUAGUUGCUUUACCUCAGCAUUUCCAGAAUUUGUUGAUUAUUGUUGAAGUAUUAAUGGCAUUUAAGUCCUCUGGGUUUUAAGAGUCUAAUUUUCUUAUUCACAAUUAUUGGGUAGAAAUGGAAGGCCUUUCAUGGAAGAUAAAAUUAUAUUAUCAGGCCAAAUGCAUUGCUGAUACAGUAAUUUUAUAAGAGGAAUUAUCUGUACAAUUAUUUAAAUGGAGUAUGAAGUAUAAACACACAUGCAUUUUAUGAUAUACUUUAAGAAUGGGACCACCUUUUUAUCUGAAUGGGAUAUGUGGCAAAACCUAAAAUGAGGUCUAGGUGGCACAGCUGAUAUUGUCCAGUGCAUCUGGGAACUUCUGAUGUAUCAAAGGGAUACGCUUUGUAACAAAUUUUGCUGCUUCUCUGAAUAGCAAUGUAGCGUAUGCUGUUCAGAGUCACUAAUGAUUGCAAUAAAAAGUAAUUGCUGUCUGGAAGAUUAGAUGUGCAGUUUUGAACAUGGGAAAAUUGGCAGGCGACCACUCUGAACGGACUCUGUGCUAUGCUAAUACUGGAUAUAGGCUUAUACUGUGUACAGUAGGCUUAUACAGUAGGACUGUAUAGGCUUAUACAGUACUGUGUAUAGCCAAAACCUGCAGGUGCCUACCUGAAUGAGAGCAGUAAAGUAGUGAGGACUUUGAUGAGGUCACUGCAUGUUCUUAGUAGUUCAUUUUCAGAAUCUGAUGCAGGGUUUGUUAGUAUUCUGAUAUACCUUCAAAACUAAACCAGCAGGUCAUGCUAGAUUAAUCUUUUGGAUGGAUUUUUUAAAUUUUUCUGCCUAUUUGGGAAUUGAGAGUUCUUACAGAAGAAUGUGAAAACUUGAAAUCUUUAGACAUAUGUAAGUUCAAAACAGUGAAGCCAUUAUCUGAAAAUUUAUGCCUAGAGCUGAGACCAAAAUGCAUGUCACUUAAGGUGUAUCAUAUGUACCUGCAGAAUCUCACUUCUGAUUGAAGAUAAAUUGCAUAUGUGUUUCCAUUGAUAUAUGCUUGAAUCUAGCCACAGUAUGAAAAUCAGCGUGACACUUGUUUGUACUCUUGGGUCUUGCAUUCUUUUGGCAUUUUCUGACUGAUUAACAGCACAGUUUACCAACUGAAGGAUAAGGAUGUUAUGAAGUACUGUAAUUACAGUUCAGGUACAGUUAAUAUUCACUUGUUUUCUUCUGAUGUAAACAUUGAACUUCAAGCUAACUAGCAAAGAAAACAGUUUUCUAACUCAGUCAGAAAUUUAAUUCACAUAUCUGGCACUAGUAACAAGUAUCCUGCUGGUGAACUUUGUUUGUUGCAUCUUUAGCCACGUUUCUUAAAAGAUAUUUGUAUGGAGAAAGGAAAAAAUAGGAGACCACUACCACUGUUACAAAAAAAAAAAAUUGCUAUAAGCAGUUGGGGGUUUUGUUUUUUAUUUAAAAUAUUUUUGAGGAAUAAAAUAGUGUUUAAGGAAGUUCAAAAAGGAUGAUGGGAAAGUGUCAUUUUUGUCUAAAAUUGUAAUUGGUAAAGAAUAAGACAGAAGAAGGUUUCUUGCAAAUUACCUGGUAUCUGCUUGGUUCUGUUAGAAUAGCCAACUAUGAGGAACUACUAUGAUAUGUCACAUACUUAACUAUUUAAAGAAAUUUCUCAAUAACUCUUUGAACAAGUUUUUAUUAGAACCAGCUUUUUUGACUUGCAAAUCUUUAGGCAUAUUGUUGAAAACCUAAUAAGGCAAUAAAAAUUAAAGAUGAAUAGUCCUGAAGAUUCAGAAUCCUGAAUGCCAGAAAUUAUGGCACAUGGAAAUUUUGGACUGCCUUGAGAAAAAUAGAGUUAAAAAUGCCUGCAUUCAAAUUAAUUUGUUCUUAUUCACAUCCACAUUGAUCUGGGUCUAACACCUUGUUUUAAGCACAUGAAGAAUCUUAUUGAUAUCAAUGGGAUUCUUCAACUGCUUGAAUUUAAGCAUGCCAUAAGUUAUAGUGGGGUCAGUAUGUGGACAGGUUCUCCAUCAUCCUCUUGCAAUUCAGCGCACUGGCUUUUGGUAGACUUAGUGCAGAAGGGAAAAUUUCUUUUAAGUAGUUGCACCAUUUUGAAUGGAACUACUUGCAUAUCUAAAGUGAGUAUAAUCUAGCCAUAAAGUUAUUAACUGGUAUGUGUAAUAGACUGAAAGAGGCAAAGGAUUUUAAUGGGGAUUAAAAGAUGAAGAUAAAAUGGUUUAUAAAAAUACAUAUAUUGUUGCUCUUUUUAUACCUACUGUGAGCAAAAUGUCCACUAAAAAUAAUGGAGAGUGACUAACAGCACAUUAAAUACUUUUGCUUAUGUUUUUCAAUUAAUUAAUGGAAACACCUUCUGGGUCUUUUUUUCCUGAUAGAAAAAUAAGUUGAGCUCAAAAACCAUUCUAAAUGUAAUUUUAUCUGCUGGAUAUUAGUUUGCUCUGUCUGCAGGAAAAAACCUCUUCUGUGUUCAAAGAUCACAUCAGAUCAAGACAUAGAUUUAUUAUUUAUGCUAUUAACACUGAAAUAGUUUUCUUGAGGUGCAAUAUUUAUUUUUCUGCUUUAACAUGACACGUUUAUUGUUUCUCCUUGCACAGCACGAAUGUUUUUAGUAAAAGAAGUUUUAAAAGGGCACUAUUUUUGUGUAUCAUAUUUAAAUUUGUAACAUUGUAAGAUUUUGCACAAGUGUGCUGGUAUUGUACUGUAUAGUAUCACAUACUUGAGUUUUGAAAUAAAAGUAUGGUUUCAAAGUC